AUGAUUAUACAUAAUCAUUCCAAAACCACGACUCCUAAAAUUCCAUUGUCGCCUCCCUCCUACACCGCCAUCUCCACCCCUUCAUCCAUCGCCGUCAUGGCCUCCCUUGUCCACCGUCAUCGCCGACACGAACCUUCACCGUCGCACCCCUCAAUCUUCCAUCUCCAGCGCCAGGCGAUGCUCUACCCGUCAAUCUCCUCUUGUCCGUCGUCUCCUAUGUUUGGUCGCCUCCCAUCUGUAGCCGUCUCCCUUCUCCGGCCAUCACAGUUUGAAGUCGAAAAACUUGUCAACUUGAAGAAGAAAGGCUUCUGA